GAGAGAUAGCAGAUGGUGUAACUGGCUGUUCAAACGCACGUCAAAUAGGUAGAGCGGCGUUCGGCGGUUGAAGGCGGUGACCACCGACAGAAUUUCUUAGAUGGAAGGCGCGACUGUGCUAUCGUUGACGCGUUCAACUCCACGCUCGUUCGCCCCAGUCACUCUGUUUCGAUGCUCAGGAGCAGCAAGCACAUCGCACGGGCUGCGCCAUGGCGUAAUUCCUCCAUAUGCUGUUUCUGCGCCGCUCGCGGCCAGCCCAUAGCUCAGCAACGGCGAGCCUUCGGCGCCACCGAGGUCCUGCGCAAGAGGUCCAAGGCACACCAGAAGAAUGACCAGAACUUAAAGGUCUUUAAGGGCGAGGUUCUCCAGGACAAUGCAUCGUCUAAGAACAAUUUCUCAGAAAAGGACAGGUCAGACGAUCUCUUGAAGCAACUUCCAGACGAUGUGCGGAUCAAUGAUACAACGGACAAAGAAGCUGGCCUUGCAAAAAUAAGAAAAGUGGGUCUGAAAGAAGGAAGAAGUGCGCGGCUGGGUGAGGAUGGUCUUGCAGGCAAGUCCCUCAGGGAAGCUCUCUUGGAGUUGUCAGUGGAAGGGUCAACGGCGCAGCCACGCCAAAAGAAGCAGCGGAGAACAGAUUCACCGGACCUCAAGGUGGAGGAGGUGGCCGCGGAGGACUUUGAAUUCGAGCCCGUCGAGGUCAACAUGCCUUCCGUGCCAAUGCUGGCCUACGGCCUCGACCGCGUCCUAUUCAACACCGGCAUCUACCGUCUGCAAGACCCCCGGACAGGCGUCUACAACUUCGACCCGUACCUGGAGAAGAUCAUGCCUGUCGAAGAGUUCGACUUCGACGCGCUGACCGAAUACAAGACAUCGUCGAAGGACGAGGAUCUGCUCGCUGUCACAAGGAAGCUAGGUGUCAAAUAUACAGGAUCGACUUCCAGCAUGUCCAGUGUACUCCAGCACUUCCAUUUCUUGCUAUCCGCUCACAGAAUGCUGAAUCACAGCAUGCUGUCAAGGAAUUUUCCGGACUCAACAAACAAAUUUUCAAAAAUCACAGCAGGACCAGACGCCAUCUUCUUGCGAUAUAAGGAUGGAGUGUAUGCGAUCGACGCCGACAAGACAUACGACACCCCUAACGUCAUGAGCUGGCUCGGCCACUCCCUCGAGAAGCUACUCACAACCGAACGCACCGAAUUUGAGCGCUACCGCAGAUCGAAUCCAGAGCAGACACCGGCUGAAGGCGAUUCGGCAAAAUGCUUCCACUACUCAAAGCAGGGAAGCAUCUUGAUGCGCUCUCAACUCGACGCUCAAGACCCCCGUCUACCCGGCGCUGGUAUCUUCGAUCUGAAGACACGAGCUGUCGUCUCCAUUCGCAUGAACUAUAGGAAAUAUGAGGAGGGUCUUGGAUAUCAGCUGCGCUAUGCGCAGGGUGAGUGGGAGUCGUUCGAACGAGAGUUCUACGAUAUGACCCGCGCCACCAUGCUGAAGUACUCGCUUCAAGCACGUAUGGGCAGGAUGGACGGUAUCUUCAUUGCUUAUCACAACAUCGAGCGCAUUUUCGGUUUCCAGUACCUCAGCCUUUCGGAUAUGGACCAGGUCCUUCAUGGGCAAACCGACACUACUCUGGGUGACCGGGAAUUCAAGCUGUCCAUUGGUCUGAUGGAAGAGCUUCUUAAAAGAGCCACCGAGAAGUUCCCUGAGACGACGGUCCGCAUGCACUUCGAAACCCGCCCGUGCGGUGAAGGACAGCAGCCUUUUAUGUAUGUUUUCGCCGAGCCUUUGACCGAAGAGCGCGCAGACGAAAUCCAGAAUACCGGUGCACAAUACGCAAAGGAAUGGGCACGCCGCGUCGUGGGUGUAGGCAAUAAUGAUCCCGAGGCACAAAAGGAGUGGAAAGAUCUUCAAGAAGAAGUCGACGAGCAAGUCAGCGAGGACGGCACCGCAGAUAAGGCCAUCAGUACCCCAGCAGCGAGUCAGGAAGUCGAGACCUUCGCCGAGGGCGAGACUACCACCGAAGGCGAAACCACCACCUCCGCCGAAUCAGUCGCCGAAGACAUCGAGAUCGAUGCGAACAAACUCCUACCCCCCAAACAUGAGAAGGAUCAGAGCAACGGCGGCCCGCUAGCAGGCUGGACCCUCACAGUUCGCAACAAAGUAAACGGGCACUACCUGAAGCGUCCCGAACAACUCGAGCCAGAGGACAACUGGCAGAUCGAGUACCACAUCUCUGACAUCGACGGCGAGACAGUUUGGAACCUGUACAACGCGACCAAGGAGCGCCGACGUCAGCUCAUUGGCAAGGACGAAGAAGAGGAGAAGAAGGGGCUUGCGCAUUUCCGGAAGAUCAUCCAGAGAUAUGCAUCGAGGGGCCAGAAGUGGAGGGCCAAGCAGGAUCAGAUCGACGAGGAGAGGGGUGUGCAGAUGUUCAGGCCGUUGGGUCCGGGGACGCCGGAGUAUGCGGCAAGAGCGAGUGGUGAGGCUGGCCCCCAGGCUUCGGUUGAAACUAUAUCUGAGGUUCCUGUGCAGAGUAAGGAGUAAUGGUGUUGAGAUGUAGAGUGAUGUAACAUAUUGUAUACUGUAGCAUAAACACGACCGAGUAUGACUGUACAACAGAGCAUGCGGUUAGUUAGAGAUAUCAUAGCAUCAACAGGCGU